GCAGUGUUGUUCAACUCCGACACCAAUCGUGUGCCAAAAUAUGGACCAACAAAUCCUCUCUUUCCCAGUGCUUGUAAGCUUCCUCCUUUUCAUCUUCCUGGUGUUCAGGAUAUGGAAGAAAUACAACGACUACACCCCUCCUCCAGGACCUUGGCAGUUACCUCUCUUUGGUAACCUUCACCAGCUAGCUGGCUCUGCUCUACCCCAUCACCGCCUAAGAGACUUGACUAGAAUUUAUGGACCUGUCAUGGGUAUUCAACUCGGUCAAGUUCCUGCACUGGUUAUUUCUUCGCCAGAAGCAGCCAAAGAAGUGAUGAAAAUCCAAGAUGUGCAGUUCGCUAAUAGACCCCUUGUCCUCGCAACAAAAAUGGUGGCUUAUAAUGGUAAUGACAUUUUAGUUGGAGUUUAUGGAGAUCAAUGGAGACAACUAAGAAAAAUUUGCACAUUGGAGCUUCUUAGUGCCAAACGUGUGCAAUCCUUCAAAGCAGUCAGGGAAGAAGAGGUAUUAAAUUUUGUCGGGUUCCUUCAUUCAAAGGUUGAAACACCAGUGAACCUUACUCAUUUGCUUUUUGCUUUAAGCAAUACCGUGAUCGCAAGAACCUCCAUUGGUAAGAAAUGCAAAAGCCAAGAUGCUCUCUUGAGAAUUAUGGACGACUUAAUUGAGGCAUCGGCAGGUUUCAGUCUGGCUGAUAUGUUCCCUUCCUUCAAAUUUCUUAAGUACAUCACUGGGGAUAAGUCUAGAUUCGAGAUUUGGCAUCGAGAAUUAGACCAGAUUCUCGAAGAAAUUAUAAAAGAGCACAGGGCCAGCAAGGCGGUAUCCAAGAACAGGGAUCUGAGCGAAGCUGAUAAUCUUCUAGAUGUUCUUUUGAAUCUUCAGGAAAAUGGAAACCUGGAAGUCCCAUUAACCAACGACUGCAUCAAAGGAACCAUUUUGGAUGUGUUUGCUGCUGGAAGUGACACUUCCUCAAGAACUACGGAAUGGGCAAUGGCAGAGUUGAUGAAGAAUCAAACAGCAAUGAAAAAAGCACAAGAAGAAGUGAGACAUGUUUUUGGUAAAAAAGGAAAAGUGGAUGAAGCAGACCUUCACGAAUUAAAAUAUCUCAAGUUAGUUGUCAAAGAAACCUUGAGACUACAUCCUCCAGUUGCAAUGAUUCCGAGACAAUGUAGGGAAAAGACUAAGAUCUAUGGAUAUGACAUUAAUCCCAAAACUAAGGUCUUUGUUCAUAUAUGGGCAAUUGGAAGAGAUCCCAAUAUCUGGAUUGAAGCUGACAAGUUCCUUCCUGAAAGAUUCAUCGAUAGUUCCAUUGAUUUUAAGGGGUCUAAUUUUGAAUUCAUUCCAUUUGGUGCAGGAAAGAGGAUAUGCCCUGGCAUGACAUUAGGUCUUGUUAAUUUAGAGCUUGUCCUUGCACAACUGCUGUAUCAUUUUGACUGGAAACUUCCUGAUGGAAUAACCCCAGAAAAUCUCGACAUGAGUGAAGGUUUUGGUGGUGCAAUCAAAAGAGGAGUAGAUCUUAAGUUGAUUCCUAUUCCAUUCCGUCCUCAGCCCAUCACAAGAAUUUUUAAUUAGUUUACUGACAGCCAUGAUUUUACCAGAACACAUUCUCUUUCCACCACCAAAUGGAACAAGUUCAAAAUUAGUACAGAUGAAGAAAUCUUUGAGGAUCAAUCCAUGAAAUAGCAGGACCUCUUCUAAUCUCCGAUGUGUUGAUAAGUAGUCUAGGCUUAGGAUAAAAAUCAUACCCGUUAAGUUCAGCUCUCUCGGUACACACUUGAAAUCAAUGCAAGAGGAGGAUAUAAUCUUAUCUCA